UCCACACCUGAGAUGCAGAAGGAGAGAGAGAGACCGCAGAAAAACUGAAGCUUCGUUCAUUUCCAGCUCACAUGAACUGUGGAUGCUGGGCGACUGUUCUGGGAGACACAGGACCAUGAGAGGAAGAUGCCUCGAGACAGUCUGAUCACCUCAGAGGAUGACAUUGACGUUGGACUGGAUUUGGCAGGUGAAGACGAAGUUUUCUCUUCUAAUGAGGGACAUGAGAGGGAACGGCAUAGAGGAAAAAGAAGAGAUGGCGAUGGAGAGAAAAAGAAGAGGAAAAAGAGGAGGAGAAAGGGAGCACAUAGAGCAGAAGAAGGUGAAGAUGAAGUACAGACCAGGCAUGAGAGAAGAGAAAGAGAAAAGAGAAGAAGAGCAAAGAAUGAUCAAGAAGCAAAAGGAAGAGAGAGAGACGAGGAGGAACGGGUCCAAACAACAAGUGGCAAAGUGGCAAAAACAAAGAAGAAUAUCAGAAAUGAAAAUACAAGGAGAAGAGUGGAAGAGGAGGAGGUAGAAGUGGAAGAGAGACUUGAAAAACGGAAAAAGAAACAUGGGAGUGCCAAAAAAGAGGAGAAGAAAGAGGAUGAAGGUAAACAAAUGGUAAAGGAGAAAGAACGUGAGGUGAAGAAGAAAAAGCACAAGAAGGUAGUUGAAACAAGCUCGGAGCAGGAGACGAGUGAAGAAGAGGAUGACAAAGAAGAGGACAGCAAAGACGAAGAGAUGAGGCCAGAGUGUCUGACACCAGAGGAGCUGGAGAAGCUGAAGGAGGCCGUAGAUGAGAGGAAGAAACUGAUCCAGAGUCUGAGGGGGAAGCCCUGGCCAAUGAAAAAGAAGCUUGUCACUUUACGGGAGUCACAAGAGUUUGUGGAGAAAUACGAGGGAGCUUUGGGGAAAGGAAAAGGCAGGAAGCUGUAUGCCUACAAGGUCAUGAUGACCAAGAAAUGGAUGAAGUUCCAACGGGACUUUGAGAACUUCAAAACUGCCUGUAUUCCAUGGGAGAUGAAAAUCAAAGAGAUUGAAAGUCAUUUUGGCUCUUCAGUUGCCUCAUACUUCAUCUUCCUGAGGUGGAUGUAUGGCAUCAAUAUGAUACUGUUUGGUCUGACCUUUGGCCUGGUUAUGGUACCAGAGGCAUUAAUGGGGCGUCCUUAUGGAAGCAUGCCAAGAAAGACCGUCCCUAGGAGUGAAGAGACCAGUGCCAUGGACUUUGCUGUCCUGUGGGACUUUGGGGGUUACGCCCAGUAUUCAGUUCUCUUCUAUGGUUUCUACAACAACCAGCGUGCCAUUGGCUGGCUCAAGUUCCGCAUGCCUCUGUCAUACUUCCUGGUUGGUGUGGGUACAGUGGCCUACAGCUAUAUGGUGGUCAUAAGAACGAUGGCCCGUAAUGCAAAUGAGUCGGGGGUUGGAGAUGACAACAGCUUCAAUUUCAGCUGGAAAAUGUUCACCAGCUGGGACUACCUGAUAGGAAACCCUGAAACUGCAGACAAUAAGUUUGCUUCCAUCACCACCAGCUUCAAGGAAGCAAUCUUAGAGGAGCAAGAGAGCCACAAGGAUGACAACAUCCACCUGACUCGUUUUCUGAGAGUGCUGGCCAACUUCUUGGUCUUGUGCUGCUUAGCAGGAAGUGGAUACCUCAUCUAUUUUGUAGUGCGUCGCUCUCAGAAGUUUGCCCUCGAUGGCCUGGAGAAUCACACCUGGUGGGAAAGGAACGAGGUGAACAUGGUCAUGUCAUUACUGGGGAUGUUCUGCCCCAUGCUGUUUGACGUCAUCAGCACCCUGGAGAACUACCACCCUCGUGUUGCCCUGCAGUGGCAGCUGGGACGCAUCUUUGCACUCUUCUUGGGGAACCUCUACACCUUUAUCAUCGCACUCAUGGAUGAGAUCAACCUUAAAAGGGAAGAGGAAAAGAUAGUAAAGUUUAAUAUAACCACGUGGGAAGCCAGUCUUUAUAAUGGCACAAUAUCAGAAAACAGCACUGCUCCCUCCAUCACCAUCAACCCUGCUGAUGUGCCCAGAGGACCCUGCUGGGAGACCAUGGUGGGCCAGGAGUUUGUCCGACUGAUCAUAUCUGACACCAUGACAACCUACAUCACGCUGUUGAUUGGUGAUUUCCUGAGAGCUGUGCUCGUUCGAUUUCUCAACUACUGCUGGUGUUGGGACCUUGAGGCUGGAUUUCCGUCCUACUCUGAGUUUGAUGUCAGUGGAAAUGUCCUGGGUCUGAUCUUCAAUCAAGGAAUGAUAUGGAUGGGUGCUUUUUAUGCGCCUUGUCUGCCUGCCCUAAACGUCCUCCGGCUCCACGUGUCCAUGUACCUGCAGUGCUGGGCCGUGAUGUGCUGUAAUGUGCCCCAGGAGAGGGUCUUCAAGGCCUCUGGCUCCAACAACUUCUACAUGGCCAUGUUGCUGGUCAUCCUCUUCCUGUCCACACUGCCUGCCAUCUACACCAUCGUCACCAUCCCUCCUUCCUUUGACUGUGGACCCUUCAGUGGCAAGAACCGUAUGUUUGAUGUGAUCCAUGAGACGCUGGAGUCCGACUUCCCUGCCUGGUUUAGUAAAGUGUUCAGCUAUGCCUCUAACCCUGGGCUGGUCCUGCCCUUCAUACUACUUAUGGUACUGGCCAUUUAUUACUUGCAGUCCACAUCUAAAAGCUACAGACAAGCUAAUGUAGAGCUGAAGAAAAAACUACAAACGCAAAAUGAAGAAAACAAGAAGAAGAACAAACGAGCAGCACUGAAGGCGCAGAUGGAUCUAGAGGAGGCCAGAAAAGCAGCAUCACAAGCUGCAGAGGAACAAAAGAACAACAAUGCAUCAUUACAAGGCCAAGAGGCGGAUGAGGAAGAAAACUACGUCAGCAGUCACAGGUUGUAUCAUGGUAAGAAUGGACGCAACCCUCCUCCCAUGAAUGGAGACCGACAACUGCUGGCCUCCAGAGCACCUGGCCCCAGGACCUAUCACCAUGGCAACCACGGGGCUUCUGGCUACCUGCCCGGUUUCUCCGAGCCGAGGAUGUGCAGAGUGCCGAGCCUGCAGAGACACUGAGAGAAUGAAAUCAGAAUAUUGUUAAUCAACAUGGAGCACUAGAUGUUUGUACACUGUGACAUGAAGUAAUGAGAAUGCUAGUUUGAUGGCAGUUAAUGCACAUUUUGUCCAAGAUAUAAAGAUUUUUUCUUUUGAUAAAUUGUACUCUCAUGUCAAUAAAAGAAGCUGUCAGCAUGUCAGCUUAGUAGAAGUU